GCGGCGGCAAGGCACCGCGCAAGCAGCAGGCCGAGAAAAAAGAUUCUGGGGCUCGUGGUUUGGGAGAUCGGACCAACUGCGGUCGUUGCGCGGCUGUGCUGGAGCAGUCAGAUGUGGUUCUGUGUGGCAGUCGUUGCAAGAAGCUCUGGGUCGUUGCGUAUUCGUACAUGACGGAGGAUGAGUUCGCUGAUCAGUACAAGGGUUCGUUAGAGUUCCAGCACAGCGUGGAUCUCGCGGAAAGGGUGUUCGAGAAGAAGCUCGAUCGUGCUUUCUACCCGUCUUCUAUCCAGCGCGAGGACGCCGUCGAGAUGGUCGCCGUUGGUAGGUUCCGAGGCUACACUUCGCAGGAUUUCAAGGAGGAGUUCAAAAUGACCAUCUCCGAGGCUGGCUUCAAGGUCCGUGAGGUUCCUGCCGCGGAUGGGUCCACGUACAAAGGCGUCUUGGUGAACAUUGGUGACACAAAGAACAGGGGCGUUGAGCUCAGGGUGUCGAAGGGCUUCACGCUCCAGGAACACCUGCUGCAGUCGUCCAACUGCGUGCACCCAGAUCAGGGCCACCAGAGCUUCGAGGCCAUCAAGGACAAGGACAAGAACCACAAGGACCUCGUGACCAUGGCCUUGAACGCGCCCAGCCUGGAGGACUCUGGGAUCAAUUCCAG